AGGUAUUCCACUAGGGACAGUCCCUGCAAGGAGUGUAGUCAAGUCCCAACAAAGACACUCUCACUUGGGGAUGUAAUGAAAUGAGUCUAAGUUGCGCGAUGGGUUAAUGUAACCACCCUUUCUCAUAGUAACAACAAUUUUCUCAACCCGGACUUCAUAUGAUUCAAUAAUUAUCUGUGCAAAAAUUACCAUCAAAAUACUUUUGGAUAUGACUAUCACCAACGCCACCCUAAAAUGCUGAAAGGUAACCACGAUAUCGAAGUCAAAGACAAUUUAAGUGCGAAUUCGGCCUGACAAACGCUUCUCGUGCGGCAACGUUGCAAGUGGUAGCCCUGCUUCGGCCCCGCCAUCUUUGUUUACAUCAGUAGACGCCGUCCACCACUCUCAAGAUCCAGCCUAAAUGUACAGACUGAAAGGAAAAUUGGUUUCGGCCAAGCAAUAUAAUGCGUAUCUCAGCAGAGUGGAAAUUCUGAAGAAAGGGCGAGUGCUGCAGCCGCAGCCCGACUCCCCAACUACUCCAACUACUCCAACUCCAGAGCCAUCAGAGCCUGCAAGGGCCGGCAGCCGACGUAGCCUAAGUCCUGCCACCGAUGAAAAUUCGACGCCAAAAGUGGUUGUGUUGCAAACUGAGGAAGUCAAUGUGGACCAUAAAGACUGUGGAAGGGGGCGGCGAAUUGUUGAGAUUUUUGUGCUGGCCAAACAUCUGUGGUGCUGCUCGUGCAAGGAAUGCCUGUCGCUGGAAUACAUCGAGAGAGAGACGCGUUGCGGCUUGGGGUCACUUUUCUACAUUCGCUGCCACAAAUGUGCCAUUAUUAACGUCGUCCCCACUGGAAAACGGCACAAAGAUGCACUUGGACGCGACACCCUCUUCGAUGUGAACUUUAAGGCAGCAUUGGGUGUCACGAGCUCUGGAUGUUGUUACGCCCAUUUGGACAAACUGCUUGCUAACAUGAACAUGCCCAACAUGGCCUUCGACACCUUCAAGAAGUAUGAGCGGACCUCAGGAAAGGGCAUCGAAAAGAUUGCCAGAGAGAGCUGUGAGGAGGCGGCAAAGGAAGAGAGAGCCCUGACCGUCCAAAACAAGACCAGCAUCGAGAAAAUCCUGCCUGAACAUUUGCAACAAGACUUCCUUUUACCCGUCACGCCGUCACGAGGGGUCGACUCUACACCUGAUUGUGAAUCCAGUGAUUCAUUUCCUGCCACUUUUGACCAAGUAGUGAGGAUCAUGGUAUCUUAUGACAUGGGAUGGAGCAAGAGGGGGGCGGGCAGAAAUUAUGACAGCCUUAAUGGCUAUGGGGCUAUUAUAGGAAAUUUAAGUGGGAAAGUUUUAGAUUUUCAUCAAUGCAAUCGGAAAUGUCAAUUUUGUGACAUGGGGCAUGACCCCUCAUCUCAUGACUGUAGAUUAAAUUAUUUUGGCAGUGCAAAGGGCAUGGAGGCCCACACUGCUGAGAAGUUAGUCACAAAAAGCAGUAUUUUAAAAUCUCAAAAUUUACAAGUUGGUAUAUUAAUAGGUGAUGAUGACAGCUCUUCAAUAGCCUCUUGCAGGGCAGCAUCGUCCCAUGAGAUAGUCAAACAAAGUGAUAUGAAUCAUACCAGUAAGGGGGUAAAAAAUACUUUAUAUGGCAUAGAAAAAUCAUUUGAUGAAAUCAAUGGGGAUGCAAUUUUGUAUUUACAUAGAUGUUUCACAUAUGCAUUAUCUCAAAACAGGGGGAAUUGUGGUGCCAUGGCUGUAGCUCUCAGAGCUAUACCGUAUCAUGCUUUUAAUGAUCACACUAUUUGUGGAGACUGGUGUGGCUACAAAAAAGACCCUGAAAAUUAUGAUCAUAGGAUUGUUCCUGGGGGCUUCACUGACCCAGCAUUACAAGAGAAACUCAUAGAUAUUUUUAAUAAAUUAGCUAACAAUGCUUCAAAGUUUUCUGCUGCUGCUUCCAGUAACUCUAAUGAAAGCUUGAAUUCUAUGAUGGCCAGGAAAUGCUCCAAAAUGACAUGUUACAGUAGGUCAGAGUCAGCAGAUUUCCGCUUUGGGGCUGUAGUGGGGAAAAAAAAUUUAGGUGAGGUGUACACUCAAAAAGUCAAUCUAGACAGUGACCGUAGUCCUGGUAGCCCAUUUCAUUCUAAAUUUAUUACAAGAACAGAUCAAUUAACUUCAAAAAAACGUAAGCUGUAUGGUGAUCCUGGUUUUAAGGCCAAAAGAAUUAAAAGAAGCAAAGCAAGGGCUGCUCUUAAAAAUAGAAAGGAAAAGGGGGAGGGAACAACAUACCAACCACAAAUGAAUCUUUUAAUGGAAGAUGGUAUUGGUGUUUUGCCCACUAUUGAUGAUGAAGACAUUGAUGAUGUAGAGGAAUUGUCGGCACAGGGCGACAUAAUUUUAUUUGAUCUAGAAACAGGUGGUCUAUAUGCUGACAGUGACAUACUGCAAAUUGGUGCUAAGCGUAACAAUGACACUUUUAGUGUUUAUAUCAAACCAACAAAACCAAUCAAUAAAAGAACAUCAUUAUCUAAUGGUCUGACAACGGAAUCUGGAGAUCUUUUUAAAAAUGGUAUUUGUGUCCAGACUGUUCCCUUGCAAGCUGCUAUUGAGCAGUUCCUCAAAUUUUUAAGUAAAUCUAAAAAUGUUUACUUGUGUGCCCACAAAUUGUCAUUUGAUGGGCCGAGGAUUGUGGAGGCAUUCAGAAAAUGCAACCUCAUUGACACUUUUUCAACAUUAGUAAAGGGAAUGGUAGAUUCACUACCUGUUAUCAAAAAACAUAGGCCAGACGAAAAAAGUAACUCAUUGCAAACAUUGUGUGCGGAUCUAAACAUUGACAGUAGUGAUGCACAUGAUGCCCUUGCUGACGUUACAAUAUUAAACACUGUUUUAGUAAAAUUAAAAAUUUCAUCUACUGAACUAAUUGAAAAUUCCACAGACAUACAGAUUCUAAUACCUAGGUAUUAUGAACAAAAAGAAGCAAAUAGCAGACUGAAAGAUUUAAAGCCAUUAUUUGGUGUUGUAAGUGAGAACAUGAGGAAGAAACUGGCAGCGGCCAAUGUUUCCUUGCAGUCUCUCCGUGAUGCCUAUAAUGCAUCCGGAGAGACAGGCAUUUCUGAACUGCUGGGGAAUACAACUGAGGAUGGGAAACCCCUCGUUACGAGGCACAAGCCAGUUUUUGUCCAACUGGCGAACUGGCUUGGCCAAAGGAAUAUUAACAAUAGUAAUAGUGAUAGCAAUAAAAACAAUAGUGAUAGUAAUAGUGAUAGUAAUAAAAAUAUUAGCACUAAUAAUGUUGUAGAGACUGUACAAAGUCCCUCUGAAAUGGACGAGCCAGACUUAGUUAGAGAGUAUUUGGAGGAUGGUGAAGAAUUAUCAUUUUUUCAACUGUAAAUAUUGUUAAUAAAAUAAAUUAAAUGCACCAAAAAAAUGCUAACAUUCCUUUGUCCUGCU